GAGGAUCGUGACUCCAGUCAUUCCGAAUCGUCUAGAAGUCCGGUUGUGUUACGAGCGGCGGAGAGUCCCAGCAACAUUGCAUGCUGAACUGCCCCCCAACUUUCCAUAGAAAUUGCGGUAUAGUGAAAGAGAAAGUGAUUUGACGGAAAUAAAUCAAUAGUGUAUUGUGACUUAGUGGAUCGAUAUAGCGAUUAGCAGCGUGUACGAACAUCAUCGUGAAAAGAUUAGUCUCGCUACAAAACUCACAACAAAGUCAAAAUGAAGUCACUGUUUGUUGCGAUACUGGCGCUGAGCUGUUUCUACCUACACGCCGGAGCUACCGAAGUGAAUGCUUGCCCUUCUACCAAAAGUUUAGUUCCUGUCUCGGAUAAUACGAUCGAUAUUAGCAACUGCACAAAGGGACCGUGCAAAUUGAAGCGGAAAACCAAGGUUUCCAUCAACCAGAAAUUCACACCAACCGAAGACAUCAAAACGAUGACGACAACGGUGUACGCCGAGGUCCUGUCCUUACCGCUGCCGUUUAUCGGCGUUGAUGGUACCAGUGCGUGUGAUUAUAUCUUCGCUGAGGAUGGCGAAACCAAACUCGGAUGUCCGCUGAAGGCCGGCGUUCCAGUGGUGUACCGACGUGAGUUUCCCGUACUCGAGAUCUACCCCAAGAUGAGUCUAACCGUGCACUGGGAACUGCAAGGUCGAGGUUCCAAAUCAAUCACCUGCUUCGAGGUACCGGCCAAGAUUGUUUAGAGUUACUAUUGGUGACGGUGGGACAACGAAUAGCUUCAGUGCAAAUGAACAAAAAAUCAAUUGUAAGAUUGUAAGGGAUUAUUUCUAAAGUAUUUGAAAAAUCAAUGAAAUUAAAAUGUUUUUUUUUUUGUAAAAUUAAAAGUGUUUUAGUAGCCCCGGGAGAAACAAAAUGAAGAUCGCUACGGUAUCAUACUCUAUAUUCUAUGCGAUUGAUUAUGGAAUGUAUGUGUGGGAUCUAUGUAUAGAUUCCAGUAAUUUUAUAUUUUGUGUCAAAAUCGAUUUCAUGUAGCUUAAUAUAGUAAACAAGGCUCCGAUAAAGGACGGCGUAGUUGGUAAAUAAAUUGCCUUGAACGCAGCUCACCUGGGUUCAAUUCCAACCCUGCACAUAGGGUUUUUCUAAAUAGAUUUUUCUAACCCGAAAAUGAGGCGAAUGAUCCAGUGGUUAAAACCUGUAUAAUCGAAACAAAAAAAUAUAUCGAUAUAGAACGGUUGAA